AUGUUUAGUGGAAGGAUGCAAGUCGUACGAUUAUUCCUUACCAAAGGGUUUGAGGCUUGCGGGAGCGGGAGUGCCAAUACUUCAUUGAAGCUUUCGUGGGAGAGGGUGUUGACUCGUGUGGUCAGCAGAAAAUCUACUAAGAUGAUAGAUCGUGAGAUCUAA